AUGGCCUCGUCAUCCCAAAGCUUCUGGGAGGAAGCGCUUGAGAUAGCAGAGACCAUCGACCCGCCCCCGGCUAAACGACCGCGCUACGAGCUCUCUCCCGACACUCCGGAUGCCGGGCAUGAGAAGGAGGGGCAGCGCCAUGAACCUUCUUCUCCACUCGGCUUCGGGGGCACCGAGCUUACCUUCAUCCCUACACAUCUGCGCACUCAUGGAGCGACUGAUGGACUCGAAGCGCACUCAUACCUGCAGCGAGCAGAGUAUGCAGCGAACUCGUUCGGGGAUAUCGCCUCUUACAUGAAGAACAAGGACAAGAAAGUUCAGACGCAGAACCGUGAACUGGCCGCUGCCUCCAAUCUUCCACAGGUGUUCAAGGGCUUGACAUUCUACAUCAACGGCAACACGAAACCAAGCAUGGAGGACCUACGCAAAAUGAUCGUGCAGAGAGGCGGAACUGUUGUGCCCUUCCUCCGCAGGAAGCGCGAACUCGAUUACGUCGUUGCACCCGUUCUCACCAUCGCCAAGUUCAAGGAGCUCGAGAACUACCGCGUAGUCCGCGAAGGCUUUGUGCUUGAGAGUGUCGAGAGGGAGAAAGUCGUCGAUUGGCGGAAAUGGAGGCUGAGAGCUGGCAAUGAGCAGGGUUUGGCCGGUUUCGUCGCUCCAGCCAGGUCCGAAGUGAAGAAGCCACUUUCAAUCGAGCAGGAGCCUCCACAAUCAUGUGAACCUACACCUCGGCCAGAGCCUUCACCUGUCACUAUUGCCUCCUUGAAAGUUGGUGGAAGUUUGUUGCGGCCGCUACGGAAGCCUUCGGCUCCCCAACGGCCUGCGCCGCCACCUGUUAAAGCCUCUCCGGCACCAGCUCCCCGACCAUCGGUCCCUGCCCCCGCGACGGACACGAUCAAGGUGGUCCCCGUUGAACCACGAACUACACUCGCGCGACCGCUCAAAACAGCUGCACUUCCGCCAUCGAAAGCCCAAAGUGGCCCUGUCCCUACGCCCCUGCAAUCGGUUGUCCUGCCAGACUCCAGCAGUUUCAGCCCUGCGAAGUCGAAGGCGACGCCUGCAAGGGUCGCAGCGCCUGAGGUCUUAGUUGUCCCGCCGACUGCUGAGCAACUGUCCCAGCGAGACAAUGCUUCCCCUUUGCUGCGACACUCAUCCCCCACUCCACACGUGAGCCCGAACCGACCGCGGCACGGCAUCCAAGCGCCGGAGGGGUUGCCGUACGAUAUCUCGUACCGCAGCAAGGAGGCAAACAGGUUCGCAGGACGGUUGAUGCAGGACGACGACUUCCGCGCAAUGCACACUGCUGAGCGAGGCAACGAGGCUGGGUUUAUCGACAGCUACUACCAAAACAGUCGACUACACUUGCUGUCUACGUGGAAAACCGAACUUCGACUUCUGGUCGCAGAGGCUCGCAGCUCCGCAGAGCACGUGCCGACUGUUCUUCCUUCGCAGGGAUCAGAGAAGGUGAUUUUUCACGUUGACUUCGACGCUUUCUUUGUCUCUGUGGGUCUCGCGAAGAGGCCAGAUCUAAAGGGAAAGCCCGUUGUCGUAUGUCACUCUUCAGGUGGCGGCCGGGCGAGCACGUCCGAGAUCGCGAGCGCAAGCUACGAGGCGCGUGCGAAGGGAGUCAAAAACGGCAUGAGCUUGGGGCGCGCCCGAGAGUUGUGCGGCGACGACCUCGCCACCAUUCCCUAUGAGUUCGAUACCUACCGCAAGCACUCUACCGCUUUUUACCGCAUCUUGUUGGGCUACGCCGACGAGUUGGAAGCUGUUUCCAUCGAUGAGGCAUUGCUGGAGGUUACGGGUGCCGUCACCGCCCGUGAGAUGGCGCCGGACGAGGCCGAAGCCAUCUCUCCUGAUCCAGCCGUGUGCGUCGCUGAGCAAAUCCGUUCCGACAUCCGCGACGCCACUGGAUGCGAGGUUUCGAUCGGCAUCAGCCACAACAUCCUUCUCGCUCGACUCGCCACUCGCAAGGCUAAGCCAGGAGGUGUUUACCGUCUGACAACGGGCAACUGCGACGAGCUGUUAUCAGAGCUGGAUGUGAAGAGCCUUCCCUCCGUCGGACACUCGAUGCAAGCGAAGCUUCAAGACGCAUUCGGCACUACGAAGUGUGGUGACCUCCUGGCCUACUCCAAGCAGCGCUUGCGAGGAGUUUUGGGACCGAAGACGGGAGACACAAUCUACAACUUCCUCCGAGGCAUCGACGACCGAAAGUUGACCCCCGACAAGGAGCGCAAGUCCGUCAGCGCGGAGAUGAACUACGGGAUCCGGUUUAAGAACCAGGAUCAAGCGUUACACUACCUGCAGGACCUUGCAGUGGAGGUUUCGAAGCGUCUGAAGGCGAUAAACGUGAAAGGCCGACACAUGACGCUGAAGAUCAUGCACCGGCAUCCCGAGGCACCUGUCGAAGCACCCAAGUUCCUCGGGCACGGUUGGUGUGAGACCUACAAUCGCAGUGUGGGGAUUGAGCGUCGCGGGCAAGCUACGGAUGACGCCACAAUCAUUGGCGAAGAGGCUGUCAAGCUUCUCAAGGCUAUGCGACUAGACCCGACCGAGCUUCGCGGCGUCGGUAUCCAGAUCACCAAGCUUGACCACGGCCCCAAGCAGGCCGAAGUCGAGAAGGGGCAAGGUAGACUGUCGUUCGCCAAGCCAGACCGCAAAGGGAAGGGGAAGGAGGUGGCGAUCGACGAUGGGGACGAUGCGGGCGAGUCAGUCGGCAUCUCGAGCGAGCCAUCGCCUAUCCCAGUUCCAGGUGAAGCCUCUCCGCAGCCUGUGACUGAGGCUGUGUCGCCGGCACCCGAGCCUCGCGAGGUCGUCCCGGUUCUGCCAACGCAACUCGAUCCCGACUUCCUGGCCGCUCUGCCUGUCGAGAUACGACAAGAGAUUCAGGAAGAGCACACGAAGCGCCACGGUUCACGCUCCGGCUCGCGAUCAGCUUCUCGCUCCGGCUCUCAUUCACCUCUGCCCUCUCCCGGCCCGAGCCGGAAGUCGACGCUUAACCCCGCCGCGCACAUCACGAAGCAACUGCGACCAAAGCACAAGACGCAACUCGACGCAGCGAUGAUAGCGCAGGGUGCGCUAUACGGCGCCUGGUCGCGAGCAGAUGCUCAGACGCUGCAGCCUGGAUCUGCUGGCCCAUCGCGCGGGGACCGGAGCCGGAGCGUAAGUCUUGCGCCGUCAGACGACGGCGAGAUGGUGGGCAAGUAUCGCGCCGCGGAGCUGCGGGCGCUAGGCAUCGACGUAGAUGUCUUCUCCGCACUGCCCGAAGAUGUACAAGCCGAAGUCAUCCUGCAGGAGCGGCAGAAGGCGCGCAACUUGCGUCUGCGGACGCAUUCGGCUUCCCCGGCAAAGGUCCGCCCACCGCGCCAACGCUCGCCUCAGCCCGUGCCUACCAUCUCGAUUCCGGUCAGGAGCAAGCCCGCUCUCUUUGGCGCGCGGGAGGCGGACGACGUCGCCGCCGUGCUUGCCAAAUGGGUGGAAAGUCGUGAGGAGGGUCCGAAUGAGAGGGACACGGAUCGCGUGCUGAAGUAUCUCUGCAAGUGUCUUGGUGGCUUCUCCGGGUUGGACCACGUCUCCCAGCUUCUGAGAGACAUGAAGGGCGUCAUUCGCGAUGUCUGUGCCGAGGACAGCGCGUGGUGGGACACAUGGCACAGCUUGUUCCACAGCAUCGACGAGCGAGUACGGGAGAUGCACGGGACUGGCCUCCGCGUCGAUUGA